AUGUCCUACGACUCUGUGGUGAGAAAGGUGGCAGAAAUGGCCUGGGAGUAUCCUUUCUUCACCUGGGACGAAGCAGGCACCUACCAGAAGCUCGCCGAAGCCAAGGUCCGGGAGUGCCACUGCAGGCCAGCAGGGGGAGGGCUGUGCGCGCUUCCAUUUGCUUAA